GCUUGGGCCUGUCUCUCUAGGCGGGCGGGUCGUAAGAAUUGCGCUGAGUUUGCGCCGCAAAUGUCAGUUCUAUUUCGAAAUACAAAAAGAAAUAUUUUUUUGACAGGUGGUUGAGCGGUCUGUUAUCGUCAUGAAAACAGUAUUGUCAUUUGCCCAUACUGUUACCAUGGCAACAUGAAGUAACUGUUGCGUCUCAAAACACGUAAAUUAAAUGAAACAGUAGUGUGGUGAAGUACUUUGGGAUAUGCCCCGUGCUGUUUGGAUGAUGUGUGAUAUUGAGCGCGAUUGUAAUGUGGUUGAUUUGUGAAAUUAGAGCUGAACUUUGGAAUAAACCAAUGAAUUGUCGAUAUCAACCCGUGCACAGCUUUGGACUGUUGCUAACGAAAAAUGAGUAUUUUAACAAAGUAUGACAAAGAUAACAUUAAAUCUAAAAAUUCAGUGGAAAUAACGGAUGAAGUGAAUGUGAAAGAUGAAUAUUAUAGAGAAUAUCUCGAACUGCAGCUGCAAGUGGCUGUGUGUAAGAGAGAACAUGCACAGUUGAAGAAUGAACUUAAGAAAGUUCUUCAUGAAAAUGAUGUACUGUCUGAAAAGCUGAAAGUGAAUCUGGAUUCAAAAGUAUGUUCCAGAGACCACAAGAAUUCAGAUCUUGUGUCAAAUCUGGAGAAGCAGCUCCAGGCUGCACUUCAGGAGAAGGAAGUAGCUGUUGAUAUGUGGCGAGUAUCUGUGAAAGAAGUUGAUAUUUUAGAGAAGGAGUUAAAGCUUUAUCAAAACAGUACACGUGUGGAAACAGCCUACAGGGAGCUUAAUAAGACAAAGGAAGAAUACUCUGUUGCUCUGAAACUCUUAGAAGCAAAAUUGGUGGAAGUUAGUAGGGAUGAAAGCAAAGAAAGGCUUAGAAAUAAAAUCCUUGAAAAAGAUUUAAUAGAAGUUAAAAAUCAAAAGGAGGCUCUAUCAAAAGAACUACAAGAAAAUAGUUUAUUGCUGAAAGAAGUUUUAGAAAGAGAGUGUAAACUUAUGGAAAAACUGCACUGUUCAGGAAACAAAGAGAUGGAGCUUAUUCAUAAAACAGAAACAUUGAAUGCCACAUGUAAAGACUUGGAAGCUGCUCUGCUGACUUGCCAUAAAAAUAUGGAAGAUCUAAUAACUCGUGAGUCAGAGGCUCAAGAGAAAGUGAGAGAAGCUAUCACUCUUGUUGAAGCAGCUAUUGCAGAAAAAGAUUCUGCCUUAAUGAGGGAAAUGCAAAUAAAUCAAGAGAAUGUUCAGCUCCAGAAAGCUCUGAAAAAUGUAUCUGAAGAAGUUAACAAGAAUGUGAAGAAGGAAACUGACUUAGUGAAAAAGCACUGUAAUUCUAAAAUGGAAAUUUUUCUUCGCGAUAUGCGAAACCUUGAAAUGAAUCUUAAAGAACAAAGUGAGAAACUCGAAAAGGCUCAGCAGGAGUGCAAGAAGCUUGAAGAAGAACUGAAGAAAGUACACACAGAAAAAAUGAUAUUUGCAGUAAAUAGCAACAAACACACAGAAGAAUAUCUCAAAGCUCUAUAUCACCAACUACAUAAAGCAGAGAAAGAUAAGCUGCAGAUUUCCAGAGAAAAGGAUGAGCUCCUAACAAGAAUUCAGCACAUCCAAGAGAGGCACACAUUGGAGAUACAGGAACAAAUGCAACAGUAUUUAAGCUUAGAACAGCAUGUGGCAGAACUAACUGUAGCAUUAUUAAAAGCACAGUCUGGCGAAAACAAAACAGCUCUUCAUAGCAUUAAGGAAGGCAGUUUAUUAACUAGUUUACAGGAACUAAAGAAAAAAGAAUUGGAGACAACUAAUGAACUUCAGCAUCACCUCAAUGCACAAAUAUCUUUAAAAAACAAGUGGGAGAACACAGUAUUAAGCCUCACCGAGAAAUUUGAAUCUCGAAUAAAGAAUCUGCAACGGCAAAGAAAUGAACUGAAGAUUCGAAAUAGAUUUUUAGAAAAAGAAAUGCAGAGAACAUUACGAGAGAUGGCUUUUGACCAUACUCGGCUAGACAAUAGUUCUUAAUGUUCUUGUGUUGUAAGUGCAUUAGUCUUUUAUUCUUCCUUAUUUUCUGUUUUGACACACAAUCUAAUGGAAAUAAUACAGGGAUAUGCUAUUCUAGUGAUUUUCUAAUAAUUGCAUUGUAAUUUAUGUACUAUCAUAUGGUUUUGUAAUAAAAUAAAUAAUCAUGAAAUUUAUUGAAUAAAAAUGGAUUAUUAGUUAAAUCACCUCUCUGUUUCAGAAAUUAGGGGUAGGUGGUGAUUUAAGUAAAAUUUAUUAUAGGAUAACAGAAGCUAAUUUCAGAAACUGGAGAGUCCAUUGUGCAAAAAAGAAGAAAAGGCUGUAGAAAACAAUACUGUUCAGAAAUUAAAUGAGGAAGUUACCAUUACAAUAUUGAUAGCACUCACUGUUAAUACACCUCUUGCCAUGCCCAACUGCCUCUACCAGACCAGUCUAACAUCCCCAUUUGGCACUUGAAGCCAAUAUAAACACCCUCUGCCUUUCAUUAAUAGUGGGAUGUUAAAAGCUCUCUGGUAACUGGUGGACACUGAAAAUUGCAUCUACAAUGCAGGUAGUAACUUAAUGAUGUCUGAAUAAAAGCAGGUGUCAGCUAUUUAACUCAACAAAAUGGUUUUAUUCUUGCAAGCACAUACAACAGAAGAUAUCUCAUUGAUGUUCAGAGUUAUUUGUCUUACGAGAGUAGUGGGAUGUUUUAAGAUGUUGCGGAACUACCUAAUUUAAGUGUAAUGAAUCAAAGACAUGACUACAAUACAAGAAACUGUACUUCUCUGAUCUUGCCACAGAAUAGAUUAGCAAAAACAAACAAUAGCCAUAAGUACAUGUCAAUUAAAAUAUAUAACAAAUUGUACAAAUAUGCCACAAGCAUGCCAAUCAAAUUAUUUAAGGAAAAGCUACACAGCUUCUUGUUAAUGAACCCAUUCUAUUCAAUAGAAGAAUUUUUAGAAAUACCCAAUAUCAACUUAAGUUAAAUGUGUUAAAUAUAUUUUAUAAAAAUAUUAGGUUAAGUGAACUGACGA